GCUAGGGAUAUAGACAGGUUUAUUCGGUAUGUUUUAUCCGGUCAUCAGCAGGAUAGUAUAAACUGUAGAAAACAUGGCACAUUAUAACCAGGUGGAAACUACCGGUGCAACUUAUUUACAUAUAAAGACACAGGGUAUAGACGCUGAUAGGAUUUGGAUACUAAAGAUGGCUGACUUUCGUCUACAUGACCAAAUAGCUGCUCCGUUUACGCCGUUGAAGGAGGAUGGGGAAAUCAACUUCGACUUGCUGGACAAGUACGCUGACUACAUGGUCAAUACUCACUUCAAAGGCAUCUUCGUUAACGGGUCGUUGGCGGAGGGGAUGUCAAUGACAAUCGAGGAGAGGAAACAGCUGGCAGACGCUUGGAUGAAGGCGGCAAAGGGGCGACUGCAAGUGGUCGUCCACGUGGGUGCAAACUGUAUCAAGGACAGUCAAGAGCUGGCUAGACACGCGGAGCAAAUCGGGGUCGCCGCCAUCGCAGCCUUCAGCCCAUCCUACUACAAACCUGAAAACAUCGACGUUCUGGUGGACGUGAUGGCAGCCGUAGCUGGGGCAGCCCCUAAAACUCCCUUCUACUACUACGACAUUAACUUCUGUACUGGCGUCUAUAUUGACCAGCGGGAAUUCAUGCAGGCGGCGAAGGGGCGGAUCCCAACGCUUCGAGGACUGAAGAAUUCAUCGAGAGAACUUCCGGCCUCGCAUAACUGCACAUUUGUGGAGGGCUGUCAGGUCCUCAUCGGGUCUGACAAUCAAUACCUGAGUGCCCUGGCCCUUGGUAUCCCGGGAGUAGUGGUGGCGUCGUAUCUAGGCAACCUGUUCCGGGACAUGCGCACUGCUUACCAGGCCGGCCAGGUCGAGAAAGCAAGGGAGUUCCAGGUCGUGGCACAGAACAUCAACAACAUAAGGGUGAAGUAUGGAGGUGGUAUCAACGUAGCCAAGGCGAUGUUCAAGAUAUUCUCCGGCCUUGACGCGGGAUCUGUUCGACUUCCAUUACGUCAACUUUCAGUGGCAGAAUACGAGGCGAUGGAGAAAGACUUUCGAGCCGCCGGGCUGGUGGAAAUUGCGCUGCCAAGGGAGCAGUGAGCACGGCCAACGGCUCAAUGACUUUUUUGCUUAUCGAUAUGUUCUCAAGUUUGACAAUGAUUGAAUGAUGAUGUAUACAUAUAAUUCCGUAAAUGUGCACAGUUCGGCGUUUGUAAAUUCACUCGUUCAUAUGCAUUACAUAUAACAUAUUAUUGUAAUGCAUGGCAACAUAAUAAAGGAUCGAGUUGCAA